UGUAGUGGUAACAUGGAACAACUUGGGAAAUAUCAAAUACCAUCAGGAUAUAAAAGAAGACAAAAUAUUGACAGAAUAUUAUUUUACUAUAACUUCGAUCCGAGAGUUCAGCGAGAUUACAUCAGCUUUCUACAGACUGAACGAGAAUUUGAAGUAAAAUACAGAAACAGGUAUACAGAAAUUACAGAGAAAUAUAGAGGAGAAGAACCAACAGACAAAGACUGGGCAUUGUCAACUCCUCUGUAUCGGGCCAUAUGUGACAGAAAGAGUUCUUCUAGUUAUGAAGAAGCUAUGAAAGAAUAUUGGUUGUUAUGUAAAUUAAAAGAAGACUAUUAUGAUUUAGAAAAAUUUAAAGGUUUUUACGAAAGUCCACGAAUUUUACCUCCAAUAUCAAGAGCAGAGACAGCUCCUGCAGACAGUUCUUCAUCCUCAUUAACAUUAAUAAGUAAACCACCAUAUAGUACAUCUUUAACAGAUAAACCGGAAGCAGAUCCCCCUUUGUUUGGAGCGCCACACACUGUUCAUGUACCAAAGUCACCGGAGCCAGACAACAGAAGACAGAAUGAGUCCGCAAGCACACCAAGACGUAUUCUUUCUGAACCAAAUAUCAAAUCAAGAAAAUCACCACGGGAUUUUGUCGCAACUGAGAAACCAAUAUUCAAUAUAAUUGAUUCAACCACAUCACCAUCAAUAUCAAAUCGAAGUAGUCAAUCAGAAAUUAAACUUCGACCGGCCCCGGAUAUAUUUGAAUCUCGAAUCUUCAAAAGUAAACCAGUGAUGAAAGUUGCUCCAGUUUAUAACUCACAAGACCAGAAAUCGUUAACAGCUCAAAAUAAACACCUUAGAGAUCUCUUACAGACUCAGACAGACGAAAUAAUGUCCUUAAGAAACCUUGAUAGAGAAAACCAAGAUAUUCUUCAAAAUUUAAAGGCUAGACUAAGCAGUUGUACUUGUGAUGAUAAUCCAGGAUCUGUAGACUAUACAAUGAAUUGCUCAAAGAUUCAUCAAUCUGCUGAACAAGUAGAAAACAUUACCAGCUUGAUGACAGAUCAGGUUAUACAACCUUGUGUAACUCAACAUUCUAACGUACAACGAAAGGUGUCAGCAAACGACAUUAAAAUCCUUCAUACUGAUGCAGAACGACUGGCAAGAUUAUUCCGUAAACGGCAUUGUACAGUCACCAUUACUAAUCUAUUGGAUAAAUUCAAUGAACUAUUGGAAAGUUUGCCUGACUAUAAAGUACAUCUGAAAACACCAGAAGUAUCAACGUUUACUGAGAGAUGUCUAGAAACCAUAUGGUUAAUGUUAAACCAAGAACCACCUAUGUCGUUAGAAUGGCCUCAGCAAGGAGAAACAUUUGAUACCACAUUGUAUAAAUACUACAACAGAAAGGGAUUCAAUGUGAACUUUCCUGUAUGGCCAGCAGUGUUAAUGCAUAUCAAAGGACCAGUACUGUGUAAAGGAUUUGCUGUUCCCAUGUAA